AUGAUUCCAAGCCGAGGUCUUGCGACGGCGGCACUUUUCGCAGCCCGCCGGCCCAUCAUAUCAUCGAGAUCCCUCGGAUGUGGCUUCGCAGCAGCUUCUCUUCGACAACGGCUCGGCCAAAAUGCGAUAAACCGAUCUGUUAGUCGUGUGUGGGAGAGCACAGUCGUCAACCCCGAGGGUGCGGUUCCCUCAAUUGCACCUGAAGAAGGUGCUGACAAAAGCGGCCAUAUCACUACACAAUCCAAUGAAGCCAUUCUCUUUUUCGAUAAUAUCUUUCCUCUCAAACUCAGCAGCGUUCUCAUGCGUCCUUGGAAGUCGGACAACGACGUAUCGGAUCUACUCAGGCGCUUCGAAUCAUCCUCUUUAGGGAUUCUAGACCCAAUUCGCCUUGUGAAGACAGCCAUUCCAGAAGACUUACCAAUAAAAGUGACCGAGAUCUUACCACGGCUCAAGGAUGGAGGUGCAUAUGUCAAAUUCAUGCAUGACUCCAACAUAGACCCUGCCGAAAUUGAAGCUCAAUUAGCAAGUCGACUGAAAGAAAAGCCCACAAAACCUUGGUUCUCCAUCUUCCGCCCUGUCAACGCUCGUCUCGUACAGGGCACGCCAUGGCUAGAAGACCUGUAUAGAUACCCAACCAGCUUCAUCAAAAUCGAAUUUGUUCCCCCAACUCCCGGCAUCACCCCUGAAGAGCUCCCCGAAGAGACGUUGUACUCUUUGUUCCGCAAAUAUGGAAAAAUCGCAGAUAUUAUACCACAGCCAACCGACUCAAAGGUCAUGCCACGGUAUGCCCAUGUCAUGUUUCCCGUAACAAGAGACGCAAUUAUGGCUCGCAACUGUAUGCAUGGGUUCAUUGUCAACGAGGUCUUGGGAGGUGGCAAGAAUGGAACUAAGCUCCGCCUGUCCUUCGAGAAACGCGUCAAGGCUCAUAGUAUUUGGAAUUGGUUGACAAACCAUCCGCGUAUUGUGAUACCCGUUUUUGCUGCUCUGGUAGCUGGUCUUUCGGUUCUGAUUUUCGACCCUAUCCGGGAAUUCUUCAUCAAGCUCCACAUUCAGCACUCUCUAGAGUUCAAGGACUCUCGAAUCUACAAAUGGUUCAAGAAACAGUCUGGCAACUUUGGCUUAUCAACCAAACCCAAGGGAGAUGGUCUCGAGGAAGUCUGGAAUCACCGACGAGACGCGAUCGACAAAGUGCAAGGCUGGCUUGAUGAAACAUCUGACACAUUCAUCGUUGUUACUGGACCAAAGGGCUCGGGAAAGGUUGAGAUGGUCAUGGAUCAAGCUUUGGAAGGUCGAAAGAACGUGCUCAAGAUCGACUGCAGACGCAUUGUCGAGGCCAGGGGCGAGGCGGGCACUAUCAAACGUCUUGCUACAGCCGUUGGCUAUCGUCCCGUAUUCUCGUGGGCCAACAGCAUGAGCAGUAUGAUCGAUCUUGCUGUUCAGAGCACAACGGGAGUCAAGGCUGGCUUCUCGGAAACUCUCGAGUCUCAGUUGACUAAGAUCAUGCAGACCACUACCGGCGCCCUCAAAGAUGUCGCUGUUGGCUCGCGUAACAAGAAAGAUACCGACUACAAGCUGUCUGAGGAUGCUUGGCUGGAAGCUCAUCCUGAGCGUAGACCUGUUGUCGUCAUUGAUAAUUUCCUCCACAAGGGCGAGGAAAACAGCAUCAUCUACGACAAGAUAGCUGAGUGGGCAGCGACUGUCGUGCAAAACAACGUCGCCCAUGUUAUUUUCCUUACUACUGACUCGGCCUACUCGAAACCCCUGGAUAAAGCACUGCCCGACCGACUCUUCCGUACUGUUUCCCUUGGUGAUUUAGCCCCCGAAGUUGCAAAGAACUUUGUUCUUAGCCGGCUCAAGGAUCAACUCGCCGCUGAUGAGAAAGCACGAAAGGAGCAAGGAGAUGAAGAAACUGAAAAGUCACCUAUCCCACACCCAAACAUAUUUGAGCUUGAUCAGUGUAUCGACACUCUUGGUGGCCGUCUCACAGAUCUGGAGUUCCUCGCCCGGCGCCUACGAACCGGGCAGUCUCCCAAACAAGCUAUGGAAGAGAUCGUUUCUGAGACAGCUACUGACAUUGUUCGUAUCUACCUUCUUGGUAAGUCUUCAGAGAUUGAAGACAAGAAAUUCUCUUCUCAACAAGCUUGGCAUCUUAUCAAGUCGCUUGCUCAAACCCCCAACCUACGUUAUAACGAAGUCACACUCUCUGCGCCAUUCUCGUCUGCAGCACCUGUGGCUGCGUCAAAUGCCGAUGCCGCCAUUGAUAGCCUCGUCAGCGCCGAGCUAAUCGCGGUUAAGACGCACCAGGGCCGACCCAUGACAAUCACGGCUAGCAAGCCUCUGCACCAAGCUGCCUUUUCGGUCCUUCUACAGGACCGUGUCCUCAGAGCCAGGAUGGACUAUGAUGUUAUCAACGAUUCGUCCAAGGCCGAAGCUCGCUCAAUCGAGAAGGUUGAAAACGAAUUGGCUCUUCUGGGCAGCUUGCCUCGUCAGACAGCAGAGACAGCAGGGCGUAUUAACUUCUUGCUCCACAAGUUGGAGGACAGCCAAGCCAAGAUCACUAAAUGGGAUAAGGAAAUGACCACUUUGAAGAAGCUUCUUAGCGAGGAGUUUUAA